AUGGCCAUGGCGGUCUCGAUCCGCCCCUGCCCAGGGCCGUCCGAGAUGGAGUACACGGUCCAGAUCGGCGACCGUCAGAUCUUCACCACCGUCACCGAAAGCGACAUUGAUGCCCAGAUGUGGGUGCGCGAGGUACGUAAGCUCCACCGGAAGCACCGCGGCCGCCUCGUCGUCGGUCUCCGCCUCUACCGCCACCUCAACUACGCAAAACGCGGCCUCGACGACAACCCGUUCUCCAUCAUCGUCCUCUGCGUCGGUGCAUCCUGCCUAAUCUACAAGUUCGGGUUUUGUAUGGCCUACGAUCGCUUCCACAUCCACAAGGUCCUGAUCGACUUCCUCAGGGAUCCGAAGAUCGCGUUCGUAGGCGUUGACAUCGUUCGGGACUCGAAGAAGCUCAAGAAAGAUUGUCCUGUGUUCUGCGUCGACAAUGUGAUGGAGCUGCAGCCGAUCGUCGAGAAGAAACUACUGAAGGUCGAUAAGAAGAUGUUGAAGGGCGAUCUGAAGGGGUGUGGGCUCGAGGAACUGGCCUCGGCUUUACUCGGGCUGAGGUUCCUGGACGUGCCAAAGCCGCAGCUCAUGGUUGGGAGUUCUCAAUGGGAUUACUUGGACAUGGAUGAGAAUCAGCUCAAGAGGGCUUGUUUCGAGGCGUUUCUUGCGUUUGAGAUCGGAUCGAAGGUUCUUGAUUAA